UAAAUGGCUUAGUAUGCUUACCCCAUGUCCACAUGCACUUGCCAGCACUGGGUUUACGGUUUACGGUGCCUUUUAACCUUGUUUCUUGACACAAGAAACUGUUUUAUCUCAAGUACAGUAAACGGUGGAGAAACUGCAAAGGUCUUCAUAGGAUAGAAUUCUAGUUUUUAUUUUCUCUGAAGACGGACAAACUAGACUGCAUCGCGUCCGGCGCGCCGGAGAAUCCACUGACCUCACAAUGCGACGUUCCAAGGACCCACCACCAGCGGCCGCAGCACCUCCGAAAACGAUAGCUUCCCUUCCUCCCGACCUUAUCAUCCGAACAUUCACCUUCCUUCCAAUCCCAGACCUUUCAAAAGUCGCGCAGGUAUCUCGUCGGUUCAAAAUACUCGUGUACAAUGACGAUGUGUAUGAGCCCAAACUUCGGGCGCUGGAUAUAUAUCCUCCUGAAGUAGAUGGGAACAGUCACAUAGGGGAAGGGGCUACGGCUCCAGAGACAUCUGGAUUGGUCGACUUGUUGUCGACGCGGUUGAGGCAAAUGCCUGGCGGACAUAUGUUACCGGGUAGUACAAAGUAUUUGGAGACGGGGACGCUUUGGGGUUCGUUGGUGGAAGAUGAGGCUGACGAGCAGGAUAAAAAGGAAGAUCCUGCAGAAGUGGGACCAACUACCGACGCGAAGGAUGAUGGGGCGGCGGAUGCGAAGGAUGACAAGGAUGUACAAGAAGAUGGUCCGGUUCAGGCGGGCGUCGAAGGAGAAUCUUCAAAAGUGGGCGAGGAAGAGCGACCUCAACAACCGUCCAUCACGUCCACAUUACCAUCUGGUAAAAAAUCGUCACUCACCAUCGGAGCGGGUGGACUUAAAGCGGCUGGAAAGCAGAGUAACACCAUCAGUGUGGGCUCUUUACGGCGGCAACCUUCAACUUACUCCCGCGGAUCAGGACAAACGGCGCGGGAUUUGUUCCGGCGGACUUAUACCCAGCUGUGCCCCUAUUACCUUGACUUUCGAAAACGACAAAAGGAUUCUAAAGUAUUCAAGGAUUUCAAGGAUAUUAGUGAGGUUGCGAUGGUAUUGCGACGCCUCAAGCUUUUUUCGGAAGCUCAUUUUAUACCUGAAAGCGAUGACAUACAUUUUGCCUUGGAGACUACGAUAGAAUGGUUCGAGUCGAUGGUGCUUGGUCAAUUUGAACGAGCGUAUGACGGCAAGAAUAUCAAGGAAAUGCAACGGAACGCGCUAGCAGCGUAUCACCUGAACGGUGGUGGGAGCUGCAUCCAACUCUUCAUUUCCAAAAACCCUGUCUUCUUUGAUCCCACCUACAACCCGUCAUUAGUUGCAUCCAAACUCCCUUCGACAGGCGGCGCAGCCGCUGGUUACACUCUUGCAGACGAAUUCGCCAAAUUUAGUGAUUACACACUCAAUAACUGCCGCGAACAGGCUCGCAUCAUAUCACAAGUUUUCCUUCCCGAAACCGACGCGCUGACUUUAUUUGUCAACAAAGUGUUUGAGGACUCUGUUGCAGAGUACUUGAGCGCAGUGUUGGCUGCCGCCAACGAACGCGAGGGAUUGGGGAUUUAUUUGCACACGUUGGCUACCGGUAUACAUUGCUGCAUGCAAUUUGCAGAGUUUAUUGCAAACAACGAUGCGGGGGUACCUGUGCAAACGGAAAAGUUGAAGGAAGCUGUUAUGGCAAUUUGCCGGCCAUACACGAAUAAUUAUAUGAGGCAAGAGAUGGAGCAUAUGCAGCUGAAAUUUAACAAGGAGCUGGAAAAGUGGACCAAUAGAAAAGGAGACCCACGGAAGAAAAAAGCCGCCGCCUUCAUCGCAGACCAAGAGAAGGCCCAAGCACAUAAACGACAAGUCAUGCAAACAAUGAAAACCAUCAUGUUCGCACCUGUUGCGCUCGGCAAACUCGUUACAGGAAUGGGCGGCCACAACAAGGUCAAACCCCACCGACAAUCACUUUUAGACAAUGCAGAGCCCGUUACGCAUUUAACCAUAGAACAAGACGACAAUGUGACAUAUCAUUUGGAUGAUGAUUCAUUGAACUCGUUGAUUUCUCUGGAGCUUUGUUUGCAUUUGAUGCAUACGAAUAAGGAGGCUUUGGGUCGGGUUUUGGUUAUUACCGCCGCUACGGAUAUGGGCAAGCUACGGACCAAUGUGGAAAAAAUCUUUUGUGCUUUGCUGGAUGUUAUUGGACCACAACAUAUCCGACCGGCUUUUGAUACCGCCCUUGAGCGUCUAAGCCGUGCCCAAGUUGUGGAUCAAUCCGACGAAAAAGCCGUCAACCCCGACUCUCUCCAAUUCUUUGAAAUGGUUCAUAUCGCGGAUUUGAUCCAGCAAAUGAUUGAAGUCUACUAUCAAGAGGACGUCAAGCCCUGGAUAGACGAGUCCGACUUUUUGUCGGAUAUUGUGGUGGAUAAGAAAAGCUUUGAAAGACUUUUGGAUGAUUCGGUUGCGAAUGGAAUGGAUAAGAGUAUACAGGUUUUGGUGAAUCAGAUUGAUUAUAUAUUGUUGGUGGAGCAAGCGCAAAAGGAUUUUAAUCCGACCGAGAAAGACGUGGUGUUGGAUCUCAAGCCGACAAAGGCUUGUCAAAGAGUCAUUGAAUGCCUGAACUCCCAUAUAAAGAUUCUGUAUGGUGUCGCGGAAAAGCACACGAUGGAGGUCUUUUUUGGCGAAGUGGGCGUGCGAAUAUUCAACGUCGUUUGCAAAAACAUUAAACGACUACAAGUCAGUCAAACAGGGGCAAUGCAACUUAUAUAUGAUCUAAAUCGGUAUUACGAAUGGGCGUGUACACUCCGAGUGGCAUCCGUUAAAAAGCUCUUUGAAGUGCUCAAGGAAGUGGGGAAUCUGUUUUUGGCGGAUGGUGGAGAGGAAUUGCGUAAACUUGUUCACGAUCUGCCGCGGUACCAGGGUGCCUUGAGGAUUGAAGAGAUUUAUGAGUUAUUGGCGAGUCGAACCGACUACAAAAAGAUACAAAAGUACAUGGAGAGCAAGGAUUGCAUUAUACAGUAGGAUGAACGGAAUGGGCUCAUACAUGUGUUUGGUCUGGGACAGAGAAUCUUCUUGAGAGAAUUUCGAAAUGUGUCAUAAUAGAAUCUUUAUCGUUUUCCAAUAUUGAUAUUAUCAUAUCGCUCUAUUAUUCUAUAUAUACACUGUGCUCUUUAGAAAUAUUUGGAUAUUUGCAAUCUACA